AAAUAGGCCUAGUGUAUAGCUAUGGAAUCCUGCUGCUCUUUGAUAAACCACUGAAGUGAAACAAGCUUUUGUUAUCAAACCAACCAUGUCAUGGGAAAUCUCAUGGUGUGUGCAUGUGCUGUAAAAACCUCCACGCAGGCAACUGAAAGUGUAUACUAUUAUCUGAAUACAUGGUGGACUGUGGAUGGGUGUGUCCUCAAUUACACUUAGAAAAUAAGAAUUCAAAAUGUCUGCAGAAUCAGAGAUACAGGCAAACGUUUCUGCCACCAACAGCUACAAAUUCCCUACAAAGAGCAGCUGUGCUGGUUCAGUUGGUGGUAGGAAUAUAACCCUUGAUAGGGAUUUUGCUGCAGCUCAACGAAGGGGUGUGAAAGGACCGAAACAUGAUGAUAAACUUGAGAGCGUUUUGAACAGCAUUACUCCAGGGCAGGGUACAAUGCUGCAUCUGGCCUCCAAGCUUGGUAAUGCAGAUGUAGUCCGUGCCUUGCUUAUCUCUGGAGCCGAUCCCUCCGUCCUGGAUGAGAACAAAAACACAGCGUACGAGAAAUCUUGCUCGGAUCAGGUAUCUCGUGUUUAUCACGAUGUUCUGCUGCAAGCUGUGGCUCAGUCAAACUUGGUUUUAGCAACUAAUUUACUGAAAGCAGGAAUCGAUAUAAACGAUGUUGAUGAUGAAGAGACUGGUAAUACACCGCUACACUGGGCUGCCUCCUAUGGGAACUUAGACACAGUUAAACUACUAUGUGAGAAAGGAGCUGACAUAAAUUCUGCCAAUGUGGAUGGCGCCACUGCUUUACAUGAUGCAGUAUCAAGGGGAGAUGUUGCUAUUGUGUCAGAGCUGGUCAGAAAAGGUGCUAAGACAACAGUCAAGGCUAAGAAGGGGAAAUAUGCAACCAAGACACCGAUGUCAUUAGCAGAGAGCAAACCCAAGUUGAAGACAGCAUUAGAAGGUGAAUCACUGCCCAAUGGAGAUGUGAAAAAGAAGAGUAAUGGAACUAAAGAAGCAGGUGUUACCCCUCUCACGCCAUUAACGCCAACAUCACCCGAUGACUUACAACAGGACUCGAUCGAGGAAUGUGCAGCAGAUACGCAGCUGGCAAAUUUGUUGAAACAGUCGGAACCUGCUCAACUCGUUCCAGUCACAGAUGAAAAGUUUCAGCUUCUUUGGCCGAGACCGAAGAGUAUGAUCAAGAAAGAAGGGGAGCCACUGAAACUUAAACCACAUUUCCUCAUAAGAGUUAUAGCUGGGACUACAGGGCCUGAAGAUUGCCUUCAACAGAUGGUUGACAUCUGGAGCAUACAUGGACCUCUACUUGGGGAACUUGGUUUUAAGUGUGUCUUAGAAUGUGCUGCAAGGAACGAGUAUCCAGACCCAUAUAUCAUCUGUCAGUUUGUACCGCAUCUAUUCCAGGGAAAGGACGGCUACAGAAUAAAUGUUUCUGAUAAAAAGAUGAUGAUCCAGUGCGCUGGUUUCACUGGACUAUGGAAUGCUAGCUGCACCUUCAUGCAGCUGAUACGUCUGUUUGGUGACGAUGGUAUCCCUGCUGUUCAGAUUUCUGACAGUCCUGAUAUGCAGUACCGUGGUGUGUCUUUGGAUAUCUCAUGUGGAAGAGUGCCUAAAUUAGACUUCCUUAUGCAUGUGGUUAAUGUAUUAACCCUCCUGAAGUUCAAUGAGCUUCAUCUGUACAUGAAAGCAUCUGAUGGUGAAGAAGUUGAAGGAGUCAUGCCCUUCUCAGAAAGUGAGUUACUGGAUCUUGAGAUCUAUUGUAAAUGGCGACACAUGGCAGUCAUUCCAAGCCUGGAUAUAGACUCCGAGUCGGAGCUGACACCUAAACAGAUGGCAGUCUUCAAGCAGAUCAUGACCUCAUUCGGAUCAACCAAAUGGGUGAGCCUUGGUUCAAAGUUAGUCAAGAAGCUACUGGCGUCCUCGACAGAGACUUCACCCUACCUUGCCGAGCUAGACAUCCCUGAUCGACUUCAUCUGAUGGGGAUUAAGGACUAUCAUCAAGUUCGCUUCUGUGCCAAUCUCCUUGACUGCAGUACUGGUCCCGUUACACAACUGCCCACUGGAAGCAUGGCUAUGCAUUAUGGGACCAAGGUUGACUAUGACUUCAAUGCUGCCUGCAAAGAACUCACCGAGUCAGGAAUGGCUUUCACAGUUUGUCCAGGAACUGCAGCAUGGAACACAAUCUCCGGUUGUCCUGAAGCAAUGAUCCGCAAUGUUUACAACGCUGUUACUGCAGCGGGUCAGUCCUCAAAUGCCAUUGGCUUGAUGGUCACAGAUUGGUCAGGGUCUAUGUUCAUCAAUCAACCCACGGUCAGCUUCCCUGGCUUUGCCGUGGCUGGUGGACUCGCUUGGAACAAGAAUGUGGAAAUGGACUUUGUCACCGACAGACUAGCCGAGCUCCUCAACUAUCACUUCUUCCUGGAGAGCACGAGUGUCCUCGGUCACGCAGUCAUGGAGCUUGGUAGGGUGGAGACCUUACUGACUCGAUCAGCAUGGAACAUGGCAGAGGGGCAGUUGUCUAAAAUCCCUAACCCAGUCGGCACGUUCCUCUGUCAGUUUAUUAAGGAACCAGAUGCUGUGGAUUUGGAACAUGUCACACCAGAAGUCUUGCAGAAAACCAUGAAAGGCAUCCGCAAAGUUCAGUUGUCCCUUUCGACGGCCAAGAAGACCCCAGUGCAGGAGUUUUCUCUGGUAGAGCUUCAGAUGACGUCAGACAUCAUGCUGUGGGCUACCAGGGUGACACAUGUGUUAGUACAAGCAGGCAAGAAGCCUGCCGCUGCAACAGCAGGGUCUGGAAUUAUCAACGUAGGGAUGGCCAAUGCCAACGCUACAGCAAAGACGGACUGUGCAAACAAGCUUCUUAGUAUCAUGGAUAUGUACCGCAAGGUGUGGCUGCACACCAAUCACACCUCAGGAUUGCUAGGAUGCCUCGGGGUCUUCAAGACCAUCUUAGAGAAACUCAUCCCAUCCAACAUCGAGGAGUUUGUAGACGAUGAUAAUGAAGAGGAUCAGUAGAACCAGGUCAAGAAGAAAUAUUGUCUUCAUCCGUAUCUAUCUAAAACCCAGCAGCAGAGUUUGAUGGACUCAGUAAUGGCUAGCCAUGCUUGUCAUGGUGGAGUGCAUGGGCAACCAUGCUUGCCAUGGAACUUGGUUUAAAAUGCUGUAAAAUGUCCUCUAUUUUUAUUUUAUACUUUUUUAGAACAAAAUUUCAAACAUAAGGUCAUCUGACAUCAAUAAUAUAUGGUCAUUCCAUAGAAGAAUUUCUGCGCCACCUAUAUGGUCAUACAAAAAUGCUGAUUGAAUCAAAAUCAAAAUUCAAGAAUGAAAUGAAAGUUGUCUGUACAAAAAUCUACAGGCCAUAAAUUUGAUCGACGACAUCAUCGAACGUGUUUGGAUUUUGACAAAAAUUGCACUUGAAUGGUAUAAACACAGUGGCAUUUUUACAUCAUUUUAACGUGAGGUUAGAGACUUUUUAUUUGUUUCCCUUUCUCAAAAGGACUCUUCUGUUUGAAAAUGAGUGGAUCACCAAAAAAAAUUAACCUUGGAGCCAGUUUGAGAACUUGAAAACAGUUUGUGGUGUACAUGUAGGUACAACUCUUGAAUAUUGAUUUGCCCAAAAUCUUACACAGAUAAAAACACUAGUACCAACUUGUCAUACUGGGUGAAAGUGUAUUUUGCUUUCUCUGUUCAUUUUUUGAGAAUGCUGUGCCAAAAUUUUCGCCACUGUUUUACCUGAAAUUUGGAGGGUGGUUGCCCUCCUCUGCCCCCAUGGGUCAUACACCUAUGUGCUUACAUUAUUUGGGGCUUCAGGAGAAGCUACCAAAUGUGAAGAGUUGCUACAAAUCCCCUCUUACUCUCAAAAGGAAGUACACAAAAUGAUAAAAAAACUCAAUCAUAAGUCGACUUAGUUCUCCAUGACUCCCAUGGUGAUCACAAACCAAUAAGGAACAAUUUACUACGAAAUUUACAAUUUACAAGUUGUUUAUCAAGUCAAAACAAUGGAAGAAAAGAUGAAGUGAAAAAAAGGAGUCUUUGACACUCGUUUGUUUAUUGAUUGAUUGAUUUUUAAUUAUUCAUCAUUAUAUUAUAUUUUAUUAUAUUUUAUGGUAUAUUUUUUUCCUUUGUUUACUAUUAUUAUUAUUUUGUUUUAAUAAACAUUUUGUGGGAGGGAUUUGUAUAAAAUUUGAUAAUCUAUUUGUAUAUUUUGUGAGUAGGGGGUCAUGGUAUAAUGUGAGAUUCAGAAAAAAAUCUGCAGCAGAUUUCACAAAACGCUAGGAUGAAUCCUACCUCAAAUUAGGACGAGUAACCUGUCUGAACUUAGGAUGGGUUCAAUGCAACCUAGUGUCUUAAGAUAUGAAACUUUACCCGUCCUAAGUCCUAGCAUUAAUCCUAAGUUAGGAAGAGUUUGGUGAAAUCGACGGCAGGCCUCUUUUGAGUCUCACAAUGGUGGUGGUUUAUGUAGAGUUUGACCAUUGGUCUCUGUGCCUUGAAAAUCAAAUGUAUGGGAGUGUUUUGGAGUCGGUGUUUUGUUAUUUGGUUGGGUUAUUAUUUUUGAAAUAUUUUCAAGCUGCCAUAGGAAGAUUUAAGCAAUUUAAAGGUAGGGUCAUGGUAGUAAGCGUCCUGUGAAAUAUAUUUGUUUGAAGUGGCCCUGUGGUCAGAACAACAACUUUUUAAAAGUCAAAUAUUCAGGUUUUCUGUUUGUGAAUGCUGCAGCAAGAGGUUUGAUUGGAACCUGCUUUCUCCUGGUUGAACGUGGAUGGAUUCAACACUCUUUAUGAAAAUACUGAGACAAAUUUUUGCUGUUUUGUCAACAAUCAACAAGUAGAUUCUGUAUUCAACUGAAACUUCAACAGGUCACUGUUAUUCUAUCAUUAUUGCUAAUUUGUUGUAUACAUCUGCAUUCUGUUGACCAAAAACACAAUCUAUGACCCUACCUUGAUUGCUAUGUUGAAAUGUAUAUAAAUUUUAUUUUGUAGGGAUCUGUAGUCACUUUUCAUUUUGAAUGAUGUAGAUAAAUUAAUUUUUGUUGAAGUAGACGCAUUUGUAACAAACCUAAGAAACUGAAAGCAUUAGUGGUUUACAUAUAAAUUUAUGUGAGAAUUUUAUUUUUCGUACUGAUAUAAUGAUUAAGCUACUUUUCAUAGAGUAAAAAGCACUGAAUCAGUGCCUGGUAUUAACAUUUGUAUUAGUUAUUACUAAUAAGAUAUUUUAUUUUCUGCCAAAGGUAUUCAAGUAAAAUGAAUUAUUGGCAUUAUUCACAACUUCACAUCUAGUGUAAUAAUGGUGAUAGGAUGGGCAGUUGCUAUUUUAUUAUGUCUCUUAAAACAUAGUACAUCUGGGCCCAAUUUCGUAAAGCCUGUUAGCAGAUGUGUAUACGGAGCUGCCAUUAGCAUAAGUUCUGUUUUUGUAAACACUACUAUUGAACAAAGCAAAGGCGUGCUAGCUUGUCGAUGGUUUUUGUAAGUAGAAUAGUGACGCAACAAUGCAAAUCCAGUGGUUUAUGAAAUACAUAUUUGCUUAUCCAUGAUUUUCUAUCAUAAUAUAAGCACAAACAUUUGCAGAAACUGGUUACCAGCCAAAAUUCCUUAAUGGUUACAUUGUUGGGACUUAGCAAAGAAAUUUGCUGAUCAGUAUUUUCUGCUUCACAGCUUCAUGAAUCUGGGCCUAGGUCAUAGUGACUAAGUUGGUUUUUUGUUGUUGACAACUUUACAUCCACACCUUGGUUAUUUGUAAUAAAAUUUAUUUGCAAUAACCUUAAAAAAUGUCUGUUGCCUUUGUCUUGGAACUUGCCAUUAUGGACAGACCAAUUUCCUUUUUGUUGUUGUAGAUUUUUGUAGAACUUGCAGCAAACUUUAUUAUUUUGUUUACAACAAGUUGUCACAAAGGUAAUUGAGUGGUGAAAUGCUCAUCUUUGCUUUAAAAAAAAAUUGUAUUUUUGUAUUCCUAUGGAAACAUUUUGAAUUACUGGUGAGACCUAAUUGUCUUUAAUUAAAGUGCCUUGAUUUAUUUUAAUGAUCAUGCAUUUUGCAUAAAAUGCUGCUUUUGAUGCUAAAUAGUUAUCAAUGUGUAAGGGAAAGAAUUGUCCAAUAAAUUUCCAAUGUAGCGUUUAAAUCUGUAAUAAACAAGUGAAGAUGUAAAAAAAAAAAAAACUAAAACAAAAAAACUAAAAACUUGGUUGACACUUACAUUAAUUUCACACUAACAGUCCUGUAUGCUUCGUUUUUGAAAUGGCAAGGGCACCAAGGUAUUUUCUCCUUGGUAAAGGACACCCUAUGAGGAAAUUGUAAAUUUCUACUGGGGUAUAAAGGGCACAAAGGCAAUAACCAGAGGCAUGUGGGCAAUCACCUCCAUUGCCUCCGUGAAGUAUCGGGCCUUAAGGUACAUAGGCUACAGUAUAAUUGUUCAGAAUUAAUUAUACACCUUAUAUGAGCAAAAUUAUCUGAUCUUGUCGUAAUAUUGUGGGAAAGAAAGAUUGAGGCUUGAUGCUUUUGAGUUUUUCCCUGUUUGAUAGACAGAAUAUUUAACAAUGGAAGAACAAAGUACAGAAAUAUAAUUACCCAAAAUAAACAGAGUACCUGAUGUCAUCAGAGACAGCAGUAUUCAAAGGAAGGUUGAUAUAAGUUCAUUACAAAUACAAAUUUGACAGAUGAUGUUUUAGUUUUCUUUGAUAUGUAUGCAAUGAGACAGAUAGCUGCGACUGUUCCAACUUUGCAGUUGCACAUUGUGUAUUGAACACCCUAUUCGCCCAAUUCACCCGACUUCAUCACAAUAACCUUGGCUAUAUAUACAGAAGGGUGCAUUUUGGGUGACAUAGCAUUCACAUGCUUACCAUAACUUUGCAUGCUUACCAUAAUUUGGUUGAUGAUGUGCUUACUCUAGCAAUAAUUGGUCUGUCCCAGUAACGUAACCUAUACCUACAUGGUCAGACAAAGAGUUUUAAGGUUUAAUGAGUACUGGUACUUAAACAUCAAAGGUUACUGAUGAAGUGUAAUGGAUUGUAAAAUUAAAGACUAUGGUUUUCACUGGA